AUGCUAAAUAUUUACAACAAACAGAGAAGAGGAUUCAUAUCCAUUGCAUUCAGACAAAAUAGUAACAGAAAGCAUGAAAAUAAAAUUCUAAAGUCUGUGUAUAAGGACCUUCCUGUGACUAAUUAUACAGUCAAUGAUUUUGUAUGGGAGAAUUUAGAUAGAUGGCCUGAUAAAACUGCUACGGUGUGCGCAGUUACGGGCCAUGGAUACACUUACGCACAAACACAGAGAAUGUCUGUAACAUUCGCGGCAGCUUUAAGAAAUAAAAUAAAGUUACAAACUAAUGACAAAGUGGCGGUGAUCCUACCGAAUGUUCCAGAAUAUCCUUGUACUAUACUGGGUAUUCUACAAGCUGGUUGUAUAGCGAGUAUGAUGAAUCCUAUCUAUUCAUCAGAGGAGCUCAAACACCAGAUUCAACUAAUAAAUUGCAAAGCCUUAGUCACUUCAAAAAUAUCAUAUCAGAAUGUAAGAAAAGCCUUAAGUGAACUAAAAUUAGACAUUCCAGUUAUAACGACUGACAAUGAGAUGCUACCAGGUGCUGUAAAAUUUGCCGAACUCGCUGAAGAUUUUAAUAUAGAUACGAGUUGUUUAAAAUCUGUUCAUAGAAGUCCAAAAGAUUUAGAGAUUUUACCAUACUCUAGUGGGACUACAGGCUUACCCAAUGCUAUGGUACUGACACACCAAGGUGUUGUAGCACUGAAUCAGCAAAUUGCCUAUCCAGAAGUUGUCGCUAUCAAAGAAAAGACUGCGAUAUUCCUCGGGAAGCGUCCAGCAGUGACUCCUAAACACCUUGAAACAUUGUACAGCAUCAUCCGUGGUGCUGCUCCACUGUCCGCCUCCGACAUAGAAGCCGUCAUAGCUAAAAAUGAAUGCGCCGAAACCAAGAAGACUUACACAUAUGCACAACUUCAGAAAUACAGUUCUGUGUUCGCCACAUCCCUCCUGAAGAAAUUAGGUCUGAAACCAGGAGAUGUCUUAGCGGUUAUGAUACCUAACUGCCCUGAGUUCCCUGUGGUUGCAUUUGGGAGUAUUCAAGCUGGUGUUGUGCUGACGACCGUCAACCCUAUUUAUAAAGAAUUUGAAAUCGCUCAUCAAAUCUCAAUUACGGAGCCAAAAGCUAUAGUCACGAUUCAAGAAUGUUACGAUACAGUCAAAACCACAUUGAAGAAUUGUAAGAAAGACAUAAAAAUUAUCUUAAUCGACAAUCCUGCUAAUCCAGUACCCAAUGAUGCCAUCAGAUAUUCAGAGAUUGCUGAAUCUGGUGCAGCUGAUUACGAGCUAUUGGACAAAAUAGAAAAAAAAACAGACGAAGUAGCCUGCAUACCGUUUUCGAGCGGCACCACUGGUUUACCUAAAGGCGUAGAGAUUACAUAUGGAAAUUUGUUGGCGAGUCUCGAGAUAAUGCACCAGAAGGAAGUAUGUUAUCCGGUGUUAACACAUGCCAUUCUUCUUGGUAAGCAUCCUGACGUGAAUAAAGAACAUUCCCGAAAUGUGAGACACAUCUGCUGCGGGGCUGCGCCCCUGUCCGCCUCUGACGUAGAAGCUAUACAGCAGAAAAGUAAGCUCGCCGACGAGCUGCCGUCGCAACUGUCGGAACUCAAUCUGCGUAGUAUGUCGCAGCCCUCCUACACCAUCUGCACUAUCAAAGACAACCUCAACGAUAAACAGCGAAUGCUUAAGUUUUUGAGAAGGUUCUUUUUCCGGGACGAACCUAUGAACUUGGCAGUGAACUUAUUAGAAACACCAGAAUCGGUAUGCUUAGAACUCGAAGAGUAUGUAGCUAGUUCACUAGAAGACGGAGUGUCUGUAGCAGCAGUUGAUGAGGAUGGAGAGUACGUUGGUGUCAUCGUCAACGGCAUCGUCAGAAAGGAGGAAGUUGACUACACAGAUAAAUCGGCUGACUGUCCAAAUCCUAAGUUUAGGCAAAUCCUCCGAGUGCUAGGCUACCUUGACCGUGAGGCUAAAAUGUGGGAGAAAUUACCAAAAGACUGCAACACUGUGCUGGAACUGAGAAUCGCUGCAACACACAGCGAGUGGAGAGGACGCGGCCUCGUGAAGGCACUAUGCGCGGAAUCUGAACGUCUAGCCAAAUCAAACGGUGCAGGCGCUACGAGAAUGGACACCACAUCAGCAUUUUCUGUUGCGGUGGCCGAACGGCUAAAUUACAAGAAGAUCUUCUCAGUGAGGUACUCCGACUUGGACUUCGCACCACAGCCUGAAGAGCCACACGUUGAGGCUAGGCGAUUGUUAUUUGUGUGUUUAAGUGUUUUUAUUUACAUUAUUCUGGUCGUAAGUAGAAGGAUGUCGCGAGAACGAAUUGAAAUAAAACCGGUGAGGACAGAAGACGAGAAUGACGUCAUGGACCUUAUCAGGCGGACAUUUUACAUCGAUGAACCGAUGAACCAAGCUGUCGCACUAUGUGUCGACGGCACGUGUAAGGAGCUCGAUGAAUACUGCGCUAAAGCUCUACGUGCAGGAUUGUCUUUUAAGGCUGUUGACGGUGACGGAAAUGUAGUCGGUACUAUCGUCAACGAAAUAUGUUCACUAAAAGAGGAUACUGGAAGUGACAAUCCCUACUUAAAGAUGGCUCAAGAAUGUCAAAACCCUAAGUUCCAGAAGAUUCUUUACGUAUUGGCGAAAAGAGAAGACGGAGCUAGGUUUCAGGAUAAGUUCCCUAAUGACCAACAGUAUAUGGACGUGAAAAUAGCUGCUACAGAUCCCAAUUUUAGAAAUCGAGGCAUCAUGAAAGACUUAUUGAAAGCGACAGAAAAUUUGGCAACACAACGAGGAAUCAGAGUGCUCCGUAUGGAUACGUCUAGUGCCUACUCAGCGAUGAGCGCAAAGAGGCUGGGUUUCACAUGUGUACACUCCGCCCCGUACACAGACCUCAAAAUGGAUGGACAACCUAUUCUGGUGCCAGAAGCACCGCACGUAGAUGACAGUGUUUAUGUUAAACUUAUGAAUGUGUAG